CCUGCAGCACUUCUGAGCACGAUCUGGGAGCAGCAUCUCUGUGUGGGUCCUGCCCUGGGGUCUGUCCCGCUGUAGUCCCUGUCCUGAAAAGACAUAAAGAGGUUCAGACCUCUGAACUUAAACCCACUGACAAGGCAGUGUGUGCUGCAGGCCUUCCCUCGCCUUUGAUCUGUUAUUGUGCCCAUGAUUCUGUCCCAGGGCACAGUCUCCUUGCUGUCCGUCCCUCUGUCCUGGACUGUGCACUCUGUCCUCUGAGAUUGUUCCUGUGCUGCAAAGCCUUCCCUGCCCACCCCUGGGAGAUACAUCUCCUCUGCUUCUCACCAUCAUCCUUUACAGGAAAAUAAAAUAACUACAUAACUGCUCAAAAUAUAAGGGAAACUGAGAGGGUUGGAAUGGAACUCUGGGUUCCCCAGUGGCCAUCUCAGCCUCGGGGGAAGCCCACAGCACCAUCAAAGGACCCAGGCCCAGGUCUUUGGAGUGGAUAUCGUUGGCCUGAUCCUCACCCUCGACACAAUGGAGAAAGGUUCUAUCAAUGGCAAGAUGUCCGUGGGAGUCCUCAGCCACAGCAGGAUCCCAGGGCAGACCACCAGCAGCCCCUGUAUGCAUCUAGGCCCGGGGAAUGGCCUCAUCCUGGGUCUGGAGUUGACUACUAUGAAGGAGGUUACCCCACUCACUUAUACCACAGGGCGGGCUACGAGGGUCCCUCUCAGAGACAGUACUCUCCAUCACUGAGGGAUGAACACGUUUAUGGAAAUUAUUACUACCAUGGAUAUCUGCAGUGGCGGCAGGAGGACAGAGUACCAAGGCAGGGGAGUCCUUAUGUCUGGCAUGAAGAUCAUGGAGAUCAAAAGUACCUCACUGAAUAUAAUCAUGAAAGCACGAGUAGUGCAUUUGGAACAAAUAAUGAGACGCAGAUCCACUCUACCAGCUGGAAUACUUAUAAAGACAGUCCUGCUUCCAGCUCAGGACAAGAGCGGCCUGGGGAACUCCUUCCAGAGAACCUGCCAACUGGAGCUCCAAAGAAUAAGCAGUCCCUGGCCAGCAAGUCCAACCUUCUCCAGCAGCAGGAGUCUGGCCUCAGCUCCAGCAGCUAUGAGCUCAGUCAGUACAUGUCAGAUGCCUCAGAACAGUAUGAUCCUGUGGAUUCAGUAGCGUGGAGUCCAGGGCAGGCUGGGGCUGUCUCGGAAGUUGGUCCCAAGACACCCAUGAAGUUCUACGUCCCUCAUGUCUCUGUGAGUUUUGGGCCAGGAGGUCAGCUGGUGUGUGUGUGUCCCAGCUCGCCCAUGGAUGGGCAGGUGCCCCUUGUUGAACUGCAUAGCAUGGAGGUUAUUCUGAAUGACUCAGAGGCCCAAGAGGAGAUGAGAAGUUUCUCAGGACCCCUGAUCAGACAAGAUGUACACAAGGUGGACAUCAUGACAUUUUGCCAGCAGAAAGCUGCUCAGAGCCACAAAUCUGGGACACCAGGGAGCAGGGACUCGGCUCUGCUUUGGCAACUGUUAGUUCUUCUUUGUCGCCAGAAUGGGUCCAUGGUGGGGUCUGACAUAGCUGAGCUACUGAUGCAAGACUGCAAAAAACUGGAGAAAUACAAGCGACAGGCGCCUGUGGCCAACCUCAUCAGCCUGAGCGAUGAGGACUGGCCGGUGAUGAACACUGGGACUCGCAACCUGCUCACUGGGGAGAUCCCGCCCACUGUGGAGACGCCUGAGCAGGUAGUGGAGAAGUUCACGAAGCUGCUCUACUACGGGAGAAAGAAGGAGGCCUUGGAGUGGGCAAUGAAGAACCACUUGUGGGGUCAUGCUUUGUUCCUAGCCAGCAGGAUGGACCCAAGGACCUACAACUGGGUCAUGAGUGGCUUCACCAGCACCCUGGCUCUCAACGAUCCCCUGCAAACCCUCUUCCAGCUCAUGUCGGGGCGGAUUCCACAAGCAGCCACGUGCUGUGGGGACAAGCAGUGGGGAGACUGGAGGCCCCACUUGGCUGUGAUUUUGUCAAAUCCAUCUGGGGACCCGGAGCUGCAUCAGCGCGCAAUUGUCACGAUGGGCGACACGCUGGCCGGGAAGGGGCUAGCCGAGGCCGCGCACUUCUGCUACCUUGUGGCUCACGCGCCCUUUGGCCACUACACGGUGAAGACAGACCUUCUGGUCUUGCUGGGCAGUAGCCACAGUCAAGAGUUUUUGAAAUUUGCAACCACUGAGGCUAUCCAGAGGACGGAAAUCUUCGAGUACUGCCGGAUGCUGGGCCGUCCCCAGUCUUUCAUUCCUUCGUUCCAGGUGUAUAAGCUCCUCUAUGCUUCCCGUCUGGCGGAUUAUGGUCUGGCAUCCCAGGCCUUGCACUACUGCGAGGCCAUUGGUGCAGCUGUCCUGAGCCAGGGACAGAGCAGCCACCCUGUGCUAUUAGUGGAGCUCAUCAAGCUUGCGGAGAAACUGAAGCUGUCAGAUCCUCUGGUUUUAGAAAGGCGCCCUGAGGACAGGGACCUGGAGCCAGACUGGCUGGCACAACUGCGGAGGCUGCACUGGGAGCUGGAGCAAAAGACAGCGGGAGGCCUCGGGAACCCUCGGUCUGCUCGCUCAGGUAUUUCCGGAGCCACAGGAACGCCAGACUCUUUCUACCCGGAUCUUUCAGGACGUCAGGCCUCUGGGUCCCAUUCAGCCCCAAGGCCCACUCCUGAGCAGAUGGGCCCAACCCAGCCUGGCCCACAGCAGUCCCCUCCCCUUAUGGGCCCCUUCCCAGCAGAAGGAGGUACCAGGCACCCCGGGGUACCAGCGCCUCUUUCUGUGGUUCCUGAGACUAACCAUCCAGGGACUGGUGAUGGUGGUGGCAGCGUGGCAGUGAUGGGGGCUCCUGGAGGAAGAGCCUGGGAGGAGACGCCACAGAUGUAUCCUACCUCUGGAGAGAACACAGUGUCUCAAGAAACCUCCCAGCAUCAUGAUGGUCAGAGUGUCAUUCCCAAACGUCAGGUACUACCAGCUCCCAGAGCACGAAGUUUCUCUGAGAACUCCAAUGUCUCAGUCCAGGAGGAUGAGAAGGCAUCUUCUGAUGAAGCAGAUAAAAAACCCUCCUCAGAUGCUGUGCAUGGAGAAAAGUCAGGAGGUGUGAAAGACAACACCAAGAGCUCAGGAUUUGGCUGGUUCAGCUGGUUUAGAUCGAAGCCUUCCACUAGCCCAUCUGAAGAAGACUCAGUAUCAGACUGUAGUGACUCAGAGCAGCUGUCACCUGUGGUAUCUUCUCCCCACCGGACUAGCCUCUCACCGACACUGCCUCUUGAGUCUCCAUUCCUGCCAGGUGGUAAGGAGCUCCCAGAAACCUUGUCCAGUGGAGGCCCAGCCGAGAGCACUGGGAUUGGAGGGUCCUCAGGGCUUGAGGGUGUUGCUUCUGAGCCCUACUCCAAACCUGGUAUCCUGCCUCCUUCUACUCCCUUGAGUGGGGCAGUUCCACUCUACAAUCCAUCUCAGGUUCCUCAGCUCUCCAUGGCUACCAGCCUGAAUCCACCAAACCGCCUAGCUCAGCGCCGCUAUCCAACCCAGCCGUGCUGAGAAUGACCACCUCUCCCGGACUCUUCCCACCUGGAAGCAGUUUCUAUGUUGUUCUCCUUUUCUCGGCCUCCCAUUGACUUGGUCAUAUUCAGGUCCUGAAGAGGAUCGUACUAAUCUGCUAUCUUCACUGAUACUUGGAAGGCCAGGGACUAGAACUUCUCAUGACAUAGCUGAAGCUUAACUUCAGAGUGGUGGAAUUUAUUACAUUAGAUGGAAAAUUUGGGAACUAACAGCAGCCUGGAAGUGAGCAGAGUCAUGACAGCAGCACUUGAGAUGGUGGCAUUGGAGCCUUAGGAAAAUUAGGGCCCCAAGAUUCCUACAGCUAGAAUCAAUAGUGAUGCCACCAGGGCCUGUAACAGGGUCUCAGAGCAGUAUUGCAGACUAACUUUGACUUCUUUUUCAGUCCCAGUUAUUAACUAAUAAAUGGCUCUAGUUAGCAAAGUUUUUAUACUGAAACUUGAUUAUUCCUACCCUUCAAUGAUUCCCUGUUCAAUGACAUUUCAGCAAUUUUCCUCCUGGUCCUGGUUUUGUACACAUUUUCUAUGUGGUUUAGAUUAAUUAUAUUUUCCUCACUUUCUUAGCUGGUCCUAUUUUUUCACAUCCUGGCAUCUGGCUAUCAAGUUAGAUUGCUGUAGGCAUCAUAUUGUCAUGGUAACUACUGAACCUAAUGAUGCAGAUGGAUGGAACAUCAGUGUAAUAAAUGGUGGAAAACAUUUCCUAAAAAUUCAUCCUUUCCAUAAAAAUGGAGGAAUGAGUGCCUGGUGUUGUUAAUACCUCCCUUUCUACCUCAGGCCUUUGCAAAUUGAUGUUCGGAGGGUCACUGGAGCCAGAGGGAGGAGGAGGACAUCUUGGAAAUUUCCAUUUCCCCUUGCAAACCAAAAAUAGGACUGAUUCUUGCUGUUUGUCAGAUUUGCUGAAAAUUGCUCCUCACAAAGAACACUUUUUGUAUGUGUAAUUGUACAUACAGGUUUUGUACUUUAAUGUACUAUGGUUCUGAUGUUGAUAGCGAUUAAACCCAGAUAAUUUUAUAGCAAA